AUGGAUGAUCUUGAGCAAUUUUUUGCCGAGCAAGAGAGCCGAAUUAACCUACCAGAUGAAGAUAUCCACAAUUAUCUCAAUCGCAUCUCCAAAAUUGCAAGUGCCAAACGCCGGGGACGCGCUUCCCAUCUCGCAGUCAUAGUCUCUGGGAACACUACCACAGAUUUCAGUUCACCAUCCAUUGUUUCAGAAAACCCGUGCGACGUUAGUCACCGAUUCAGCGUCAAGCGUAGCCCCUCCGAACUUGGGUCUGCACUAAAACGCAGGAGACUUUCGAAAGUAUCGAAAUCUCAACAUAGGACAAUCCCUUUGACUGAUAAAGAGAUCUCAAUUUCUUCAAUGAAAUUAUCUCCAAAUGACCCACUCAGUCUCUUCAAUGUGGCAACAGUAGACUCUCAGAGCGUGAAAUCCAGUUCCCCACCAUCAGUUCAUCAUUUGGAGUCAAGGCAAUUUGUAUCGGAUGACGAUGGCUUCAAUAUGCCUUCAGAAAAUCUUUUUCUGGAACAGAAACCCAUGUUGACAACAGUGCACAGCUCUGAAGCAAAUUUGACCCUACCCUCUGAACCUGCGAGCCCAAUAUUGGUUUUUUCAAAAGGGUCAAUAAAAAGAUCAGUAUCCCCCGAAAGUAUUGAUCCAUCUAUCGUCUUGAAGAAAACAAAGCUCAAUUUUCAUCCGUUGAAUGAAGGCUUAUUUUCCCGACCUGCGAAUAAGAGUACAGAUGCUGCUGAAGGGGAAAAAUGUAUAGCCGAAUACAGAUCCAACUCCCAAAACCAAGAUCCUCCCACUUCUCCUAUUGAAGAUCCAAGUUUGACAUCCAGUUUCCAUCUUAUUGAUCAAGUUUCUGAAGCCAGUACACUCUUCCUGGAGGUGAAGAAGCGUGUAGCCCAUCACACAACUAUAAAGAGACGUGACAAAGUCGUCAAACUUGAUUUGAAGCCAACAAAAAUGGGGAAAGUAGCUGCGCCGCUGGCCGAUAAGUCUUCGAUCAUCUAUGUGUCCUCAUCUCCAUCAACCCGUGCGAGCUCUCCGAAUCUUGUUCCCCAGGAUAUUUCAGUGACGGAGGUAAACAAGUCCAUUGCAAAAACUCAAACAAAGGUUGUUAUGGGGAAGAAGGCAAAACCGCGGCUUUUAACGCCCAUGGAGUACGCACAGAGCUUGAACGAACAAAUAACCAAGGGUCCAUUUGCUAAUGCUAAAAAGAAGUAUGUGAGGUUUUUGUCAGGAAAGCACGUCUUCUAUACUGGUGGAGACAUGAACUACGCUUCGAAGACAACACGGGGAAGGAUGGAUUUGAUCGUGCGGCAUGGAGGAAACUUGGUGCCCGUUUAUGACCCAAGCGUCGUGACACUUGUCAUUACUGACGCACAAACACGUCCUACCCUGCGAGCGAUGGGGUUGAAGCAUCUUCGACAAAUCCCUGAUCAUAUUCCGACUGUCGCUUGGCCUUGGAUGGUGUCAGCCAUCAGCCGUGCCAAAGUUUUGGACAAGAAUGAGCUUGAGGAGAGAAUGCAUUCGGAUCUGUGGAUUCACGCAGCAUUCAGUGAUCGGAUCGAGGCUGGUCCAAACCUCUACUACUCUUCUGCGCAGAAUGAUAAAAUCGAAGAGAAACAUCAAAGGACCGAUAUGAGUCGAAUUUCUACACAGGGAAUGCCAGCAGAAGCAUGGGCGACAGAAACGGUUUUAACGGAAAGCGAUGACAAAAUCGGGCACAGUGACCAAAGACUUCAAUGGGAGGACCCUCUUGCUGAAUUUUAUGCCUCAGCCAGAGCAGAACGAGAUGAUGCUUGCCUGUCGUCUGGCGAAGGGGAGAACUUCUCCGAAGGAGAUGAAAAAGAUGAAAAGGUCGUUUAUGGGGGCCCGGCACCAAAACGGUUGACAGAGCUUAUGGAACUCCACGAGGCAAAGAUGGGCGACGAAGAUCGCUGGAGAGCAUUCAGCUAUAAUAAAUCUAUCCGCGCAUUGCGAAAUUAUCCAAAGCGACUCAACUCCUACGCUGAAGCUCGCAACAUCCGCGGGGUUGGAGAAAGAACGGCCCGGAAGAUCGAAGAGAUCUUAGAGACAGGAGAACUCCGUCGCAUACGAUAUGAGAGGACAGACGAAGUGAAAUCAACACGCCUAUUUCAGGGUAUUUACGGCGUUGGCCGCUCAACUGCUUUCAAGUGGUAUGCAGCUGGCUGUCGCACCCUUGAUGACAUAUCGGCUGGUAAAUUUGGUGUUUCACUAUCGCGCGCUCAAGAAAUCGGCAUUCGCUUCUAUGAUGGUGCCAAUGCCAACUUUACGCCUCAUACUACGCUUAUCUUACAAACAGACAUCAAUGAUCGCAUGCCUCGAAUCGAGGCGAAAGCCAUUUUUGACCUGAUCAAGCCCAUAGGUUUCAACCUCUUCAUGUCGUCAGUUUUUCAGCGAGCCUCAUUACUUUGCAGCACUCUCUAUUGA